UAAAACUCAAAUAAGGAGAGGAAGAAGCGGAAGUACUACAAGCGUGUGUGAAUGAAUCAGCGACGGUCGCUAAGAAAAUAACAAUGUUUUAUACAAAUGUCCUGCGUAGAUUACGACCCUGUAUUGUUUCUCAGACAUUCAGUAAUAUUGACGUGACGGCCGUGCGACAUGGUGGGCCGUUUACCGUGUGUUGUUUCAGAGCGGUUAGCCAACAGCAGCUAACGGUAAAUGCUGUCAGAAGGUCGUCCCUCAAGCUACCGUCAAACAGCAAGGUGCAGUCUCACUGUCUGUCCGCCCGUUGUCUCUUAACGGAAGCCAGCUCUGAGGUUGGGAACCUCAUUUACACCGGCAGCUUGGGCAGAGCUGUUCGAGGGGUAAAGCUGUUCUCCUACAGCACCAGUGGGGCGAGCCUCUUCCUCAUGCCCCAGAUCCUCCUGAAGACUGGACUAGGUGUCGAGAGCUUGGCCCUGCAGGUCGCUUUCUGCGGAGUCAUCGGCUUCUUCACCAUUGUCACCCCUGUCCUCCUCCACCUCUUCACCAGAGGCUAUGUGAUCCGCCUGUACCACAACCCUGACACAGACACCUACACUGCAAUCACAUACAGCGUCUUCCUCACUGAAAAAAAGAGCGUGUUCCAUCAGAGGCAGGUCAAGAUCCCAGCUGUUAGCAAGAUGUUCACCACCUUUACCGCAGACCGUAUGGGGCUGCUAGUAAACCCGGAUCUGUUCCCCUUCCCGCACGACUACAACCACCUGAUGGGCUAUGAUAAGCCCUUCACGUUCGACACAGACAACAUGAACAGACCUGAUGAGAGCUGAAAGACUCAUUGCAAACUGUGUGAUUACUGUUGGUACGUACUCUACCAGGGUGGAACAUCCAUGGAGGACUUAUAUAAUAUAUACAAUAUUAUAUAUCAUGUUAAAAAAUUGUAACUUCAUUAAAAAAAAUUUGUCACUUUCAGGAUGUAAACCAUAUUCUGUUUAGCUGUAAGUAUUGUCAUCAGUUUUCAAACAUGAGGUAAUUUCAUAUUGUUGCCUUAGUGUCUAAUCUGAAUACUUUUGGAUUGCAUCAAAAUCAAGCAUUGAAAACAUUGCACCUUGCCACAAAAUUCCACAAAUAUUCAAUUGCAAAUAAAAUGCAUUUCACAUACUCAGCAUUUAUAGUUGGUCAAAUAAAAUAACAGUGAAUGUCUUAUGUGAUUAUU